GUGCUCGGCCUGUCCCAUUCCCUCUCAGCGGGCGUCAGUCUGAGCGGCGCUGUCCGCUCUAAGGGUUAGACGCCGGCCGCCUCUCUCGGCCCCCAGCCCUGCUCCACGGUCGAGAGAAGAUGGUGGGCAGGAACAGCGCCAUCGCCGCUGGUGUGUGCGGGGCCCUCUUUAUCGGGUACUGCAUUUACUUCGACCGCAAGAGACGAAGUGACCCCAACUUCAAGAACAGGCUGCGAGAACGAAGAAAGAAACAAAAGCUUGCCAAGGAGAGAGCUGGACUUUCUAAGCAGUUACCUGACCUUAAAGAUGCUGAAGCUGUUCAGAAAUUCUUCCUUGAAGAAAUACAGCUUGGUGAAGAGCUACUAGCCCAAGGUGAAUAUGAGAAGGGUGUAGACCAUCUGACAAAUGCAAUUGCUGUGUGUGGACAGCCACAGCAGUUACUGCAGGUGUUACAGCAAACUCUGCCACCACCGGUGUUCCAGAUGCUUCUGACUAAGCUUCCCACAAUUAGCCAGAGAAUUGUAAGUGCUCAGAGCUUGGCUGAAGAUGAUGUGGAAUGAGAAACAAAUGUCAACAUAAUAAUCUCAAUUAAAAAUAUUUUAAAAAUCUUAAAUUGGAAGAUGAACCGCUCUAGGGGAAUAAGGGCAAAUAUGCUUGCUAUGGACUGUCCUACACUGAAAUCUGCCAAAGUUGAUUUUUACUUUGUGUAGAUCCAUUUGUCUGUUUUAUUUAUUUUUUUCCCAGUGAAGAGUGUAUUUUGAUAGAGAGCUUUUCAUUUUAUAAGUACACUAUGAGUUACCGAAAUAUCAUGGAUUUUGUUUAUUCCUAAAACUUGUAAUUAAAAUGUACAUAUAAUAUUACAUAAAAAUACCCACUGCUCAGUUUUGAAAGGCAAAAGAAGUGUAGGGGAAAGCUGCAGAAUGAAUGUUUUUUAAGCUAGUACAUUUUGCUACACAUCAGAAAAUGGAUGAAAACAUGAUUGUGUUUAUCAGAACUGAGUAUUAAAAUCUUUGAGAUCCUUUCUUUGCAUUUAAUCUCUUAAAUAGUGAAACGUGCUGCUGUGCUGUUAUUAACUUCACCCCCAUGCUGUGUAUCAGUCUUGAAAUGCUUUGUUUAAAUUGGUGGCCUAAUGUGUUCUGGAUAUUUACCUCCUGGUAUUUUAGGUAAUAUGUAGUUGCACAAGGUGCCUGGAACUAGACCUGUGUUUAACCCUAAUCUAGGGGCGGCACCUGAACAGUUAAUGCCUGCCCACUUUCCUCUUUUAUGGAAAGAGGGAGUUAAGUUGGCCUGCUGGUUCAGUGUCCUGUUCAGCUUCGGAUUCAUUUGGUUCUGUUCAGUAUCAUCAAAUCCAACCUUCUCCUGGGGCGGGGUGGGGGUAGGGGAUAUUUAUUUGGGAACCAGGCCUUGAAUUUUUUUUUGCCCUGAAUUUUGCAUGCUUGCCUGACUUAGUAUUGCUGAAUUGAUCUCUUUUUAAAGGUAUACCCAUUUGAUUUUCACUGAAAUCCUAUGAUUCUGUCACUACUCUUGUAAAUUAAUCUGAAACUUAACCUUUAAGGUAAUGGGAUGAAAUGCUUGUAAAAAUGUUUCUUUGCUUUUUAUCUUCAGUGUACCUCCUUAAUCAACUUCAGUCAGAUUCAUUUAUCUUGUUAUGAUGAGAGUAAAGUAUAGCCUGUGGCUGAAUUCUUGCAAAGCAUGGAGGUAGGUAAUGGGACCUCCUGUUCUCAAAACAGUGACGACAUUAUCUGUGGUCACAGAUUCAAUAUCAGACCUGAGAAGAAGGAUCUUUGGUACUUAGAGGCAUCUGUUGAACUGUGCAGCAGUUCUCAUACAGGUUGCCUUGAUUCUGUCUAAAAUUGAUGGAGAGGGCCCAAAGACUUCUCCCGUAUGUACUGGGCUUUAUAUUUCACUUUACUAACAAACUUCGUGACCUUAACCUGGCAUUUUGUGGCUGGAAUCUGGUUCUAGUUUCUGCCUCUGGAGAGCUGCUCAGCCUGGACAAGUCACGUAGCAUUGCUGAAUUUACCUCCAGUGUUCCGAUCUAUAAAAUUAGAACUAGGUGAGUCACACAGUUAAUAACUGUACUUUCCAGGUUGGUGAUCCUGAGCCUUUAAACAGUGUGUUUUUUGUGGUUACACACAGCCUGCUUUUGAGGGAGCGGGGAGGUGCUGGUGAGUCAGUUUUACUGCUAGGAUCCCAAAUCCAAAGCAGUGUGGUGAUUGGUCAGUGAUUGGGAACAGCCCUCUGCUGCAGUGGCUCAGCGAAGUGAGUGAUCAGAAGGAGCCUUCCGAGGAAAGCAAAGAAUGCACAUAGGUCAGGGUCAGGGUCAGGGGGAUACAGGUGGGGAAAAGAGUGAGAUAAGAGCGGGUGCAGAAAGACGACUCUUUGAAGGGGUCCUCACCCUUCACUUAGAUUUGGAGGGUGUGAUGACUGUGCCCUGGAGAACUGUAAUGCAGUCAGCGCUGGGUAUCACUUGAUUUUCUGAAAAAUCAGCAGAUUUGAUAUAAUGCUUAUUGAAAAGGCAGCAGUAUCCUCACUUUAGAGCUGAUUAAGCCAAGUACAUUUUCUUAUUUAAAUGUCAGUUUUGGUGCUUUAAAGGUAGGUACCAUUUUUGAAAGCUGGUUGUUAGGUGAUAAAAUUUUUUUUCCCUGACACAUAAUUGCUGAACAUGUUUUCUUAUCUAAAGUGUUACCUGUUAGGUGGUUGAACCAGACAGUCACUGUGACACUGGCCAAAUGGAGCGCAGCCCAAGAUGUAAGCAGAGUGAUGACAGUUUGAGUGUCCCAUUGCUUACGUGGCACUCUUGUGUACAGUCUUUGGAAAUGGAAAUAAAUGCACACCAGUGUGCUUCUUUAGGCAAAGAUCUAUCGUUGGGUUCCAUAAUUUGCACUUAAAGUGAAAGAGCAUUUAAAACAGGCUUGCCUGGUAGCAGUGCUAUUUUUUUAACAGGUAAUUUUAUUAACUCGAUUUGAAUUACAUUCACAUUUAAUGUAUGUAAAACCUAGUACAGUGUGCAAAGUAUGCAGUCAGUAAAUGUUUGAGUCCUUUUAUCCCUCAGGAAGUUUGAUAUUUUUACCAUCCACCUGCCUGCCUUUCUGACCCUGUUAAAAUCAACCUUUGGACCAGUGUGUUAAUGAAAUGUUAUUGGAGUAGAAAUAUUGAGAUCAUUGGUAUAUAAUGCAGAUAUCAUAAAAAAUUUUCUUUCUUGUAACAAAAGUUGCAGUUUUAUUGCUUGUGCCUCAAUACUUAAGUGAAUAUUAAAGGAUUCGGAGAAAAUGUU